UUUGAAUAAUGAUUCUUAUUAAUAAAUAGAAGGAAAAAAGUUUAAAUCGAUAUUAGGAUCAAGGCAACCCUAACAAAAGAAGAGUCUGCAGCCAAAAAAUUAUCUCAUUAGCAUCUGAUUGUUCACACUUUUGAAGAUACAAAUAGGUAAUUUAAGUUUGAUAUUAUAUUCGAUAAUUCAACUUAAGAAGAAGUCUAUUAUUUACCUUUUAUAAAUAGUAUCAAAUUGUAUUGCUGGAAAGGCAAAUGGUGUAAUUAUUUAUGGAGAAAUAGGAUCUGGGAAACUCCAUGUUUGAUAUAUUUUAGCAAAUUUA